AGCGAUGGUCAUGUGAUCAGCUGCGCUCUGCUCUAGCGGUGUGCUGCUGAAGACGAUGGCGUGCUGCGGAGGCGGUUUGUGUUGUCAGUGCUGCUGCAAUGAAGGCGACACAAGAACACCAGAGGAGUUGACAAUACUGGGUGAAACCAGAGAAGUCGAGGAUGAAAUAUUGCCGAGAAAAGCCUAUGAGAGUUUGGAUUAUGACCGAUGCAUAAAUGAGCCAUUCCUGGAGGUUUUGGAGGGGUUGGAUAAUAAGAAAGCCAGAAAGUAUGAAGCGAUAAAGUGGAUUUUGGUUUUUGCGAUUGGAGUAUCAACAGGACUGACUGGCCUGUUUGUUGAUUUCUUCGUGCGGCUCUUCACUCAGCUAAAGUUCAGCUUGGUUGGACAAUCUGUGGAGCCUGUUGCAGCUGGGUCUGGUAUCCCAGAAAUUAAAAGUUACCUGAACGGAGUAAAGAUUCCAGGCAUUGUGCGGCUGCGGACCUUCAUAUGUAAGGUCACAGGAGUCCUGUUCGCUGUUGCUGGAGGAUUGUUUGUGGGUAAAGAGGGACCAAUGAUUCACAGUGGAGCGAUAUUAGGAGCAGGGCUUCCUCAGUUUCAGAGCAUCACCUUCAAGAAGAUCCGCUUUCACUUUCCCCAUUUCCGCAGUGACAGGGACAAGAGGGAUUUCGUGUCAGCGGGUGCAGCGGCUGGAGUUGCGGCUGCCUUUGGGGCACCUAUAGGGGGCACCCUCUUCAGUCUGGAGGAGGGGUCGUCCUUCUGGAACCAGACCCUCACAUGGAAAGUGUUGUUCUGCUCCAUGUCUGCCACUUUUACACUCAACUUCUUUCGUUCUGGGAUCAACUUCAAUAAAUGGGGAUCAUUCCAGCUGCCUGGCCUGCUCAACUUUGGAGAGUUUAAGUGUGUAGAUGGAGAUAAGACGUGUCAUUUGUGGACGGCAGUAGAUUUGGCAUUUUUUGUGUUGGUGGGGGUGGCAGGAGGUUUGCUCGGCGCUCUGUUCAACUGCAUCAACAAACGCCUCACAAAAUACCGCAUGAGAAACGUUCACCCCAAAGCAAGAUUCAUCAGGGUGCUGGAGAGUCUGCUGGUGUGUAUGGUGACAACACUCGUGAUCUUCGUGGCGUCAGUGACUCUGGGGGAGUGUCGAGAUUUAGUCUCCACCAAUAACAACACAUCAACACAGGGGUCUGUAAAUGAGGAGGUGAACUCAACCAUACGACGCUUCUUCUGCUACAACAACACAUAUAAUGAUAUGGCAACCCUGUUCUUCAACCCUCAAGAGGUGGCAAUCCACCAGCUCUUCCACCAGAAUGCUACCUUCAGUCCCGUCACGCUCUUGCUGUUCUUUGUGCUGUAUUUUUUUCUGAGCUGUUGGACAUAUGGUGUCUCUGUCCCCAGUGGGCUGUUUGUCCCGUCUCUUCUCUGUGGAGCUUCACUUGGGCGUCUAGUGGCCAAUGUCCUCAAAAUCAACUUUCACAUGCAAGUAUAUGCGGGGACCUUUGCCUUGAUUGGAGCAGCUGCCUUUCUAGGAGGUGUGGUCAGAAUGACCAUCAGCCUGACAGUCAUAUUAAUUGAAUCGACCAAUGAGAUCACAUACGGACUUCCCAUUAUGAUAACACUGAUGGUGGCCAAGUGGACAGGCGAUUUCUUUAAUAAGGGAAUAUAUGAUAUUCAUAUUCACCUGAAGGGAGUCCCGCUGCUGGAGUGGGAAACAGAGGUCGAGAUGGACAAAUUAACGGCCAGUGACAUCAUGGAGCCCAACCUGACAUAUGUGUAUCCUCACACCCGUAUCCAGUCUCUGGUCAGCAUCCUGAGGACCACCAUCUAUCACGCUUUCCCCGUCGUCACCGAGAACAGAGACAAUGAGAAGGAGUUCAUGAAGGGCAAUAUCCUCAUAAGCAACAAUAUCAGGUUUAAGAAAAGCAGCGUGUUGACGCGUGCAGGGGAGCAGAGGCGGAGGUGUCAGUCCAUGAAAUCAUACCCGUCAAGUGAGCUGCGCAACGUGUGUGACGAGCAGACUGCUGUGGAGCCGGCAGAGGAAGGGCAGGACAUCCUUCAGCAGAUGCUGGAGAGGAGACAUGUGCCGUACCCAAACCUGUACCCGGACCAGUCUCCCAGUGAGGAGUGGACCAUGGAGGAGAGGUUUCGGCCGCUCACCUUUCACGGGCUCAUCCUGCGCUCGCAGCUCGUCAACCUGCUGAUCUGCGGCGUCUGCUACGCUGAAAACCAGUCGAGCGCCUCACAGACACGGCUCUCUCAUUCAGAGAUGACUGAGGAUUACCCACGAUUCCCUGACAUCCACGAUCUCGACCUGGCCCUUCUCAAUCCACGCAUGAUUGUGGACGUGACUCCUUACAUGAACCCCUGUCCAUAUACAGUCUCUCCAAAUACACACGUCUCCCAAGUAUUCAAUCUGUUCAGGACCAUGGGGCUUCGACACUUACCUGUAGUCAAUGCUGUGGGAGAGAUCGUGGGAAUAAUCACCAGACAUAAUCUUACCCAUGAGUUUUUAGUUGCUAAACUCCGACAGCAUUACAUCACAAUCUAAGACUCCGUUCACGAUCGAGCACCCAACUUAUUACCCAGUAAUGGCUUCCUCGAGAUGAGAAGAGCCGAAUGCUCCGGGCCCUGAGACUAGAUCGCCUCCGAACCUGAACCACACUUCAGGUCGCACCCUAAAGCCAUUCCUAGUAUCUGCGUGGACAGCUAGUGGUCGGCACCUGACCCGACACAAACACACCUCAUGCUAGCACUAAUGCAGGUGAGGUCCUGUUCAUCAACACUCGCUGCCUGUGCUUUAUCACCCUCACUGUAGCACUUUUAAUUUAGUUUCUCUGAGUUCUGAAUGUUUUCAUUGUGCUCACCAUUUCUGUGUAUUCCUGAACGUUUGCUUUUGCACAAAGACUGAUAGAAACCACUGACCAAUCCCCGGUCAAAAGAUUGAAUGUCAUGAAAACCGUCAAGAACAUGUCUGGGUCGUGUUUCAUCCUUAAAUCAAGCAAAAAUCAUACUCCUUUCUUUUGAAGAAAAUUAUUUUUAGGACCUUUAAAAUUUUUAGUACUAUGUAAUUAUUUUGAUGACUGUUAAGCACAUUUCCCCCAAAUUAAAAAUAUAUAUUUUUA